AUUCCGGUUCAGUAUCUAAGCGAUGGGACGGUUCGUGAGAUUGCUUCGUCUAUGGGUGAGGUAAUGGAGGUUGAAUUAGAUGAUACGAUGUUUGAUUUGCGUACUGUGCGUGCUCGUGUCAACGUUUCUGUGGAUACGACUCGUUUGUGUUUUAAGAAAGUGGUUAGGUUUGAUUCAGGGAGGGUUAAGAUUGUGACUUUGAGGUAUGAGGAUAUUGCUAGGAGUAGAGCUCGGUUUAAGUUUUGUUGUAACUGUGGGGCUUUGAAUCAUCUCACUAGCUCUUGUUCAGUCCCUUGGGUUGAUGUUCCUGACCCUUAUGAUCGUUCUCUUUCACCACCGCCUCAUGAGUCUUCUAUCUCUGAUGGUUCUGCUGAGAACAAUGGUGAAAGUGGUACGAAAGAGCAGCUCCAACUGGCGGAUGCGUCUGCUGAUGUGGUUCAGGACUUACCUAAUGGGGAUGGUGAGCAGCAGCAGCAGCAACAACAAGGUGUUGAUGUUGUUGAGGACGCUCGUGCUACGCAGGUGCAGUCUGAAAUGGUUGGAACUUCAUCUGGAGGGUCCAAAAGGAAGUUUGAUGCCACGGAGCAGACUGAUGAUAAUCUGGAAAAGCGGCUUAGAGGAAGCGCUGAUGAUGCAUCAGAGGGUUUGGGGGUUAACCCCAAACCACUUCAAGAAGAAUGAUCCUGUGUGAGUUAGAACUGUUAGGUGCUCUGGGUUAUAGAUGUUUCCUGACAGUUUUUUAAAUGUCUUUUUGGUUAUCGGAAAGGCAUAGUUGUUUCUGAAACCGUAGUAUAGAAGGGUAUUAUGGAGUUUAUGCUGGCUAUGAUGUCUUCAAGUCUUUGAAAGAUGUUUUCUAGGUUCUGCAAUCGUUUUGGUCCACCGCGGAGAUGAGAUUGUGAUGUGGGAAAUGCUGGGUAUAGUGGUUUGGUGUUUGCCGGGUUGUUGUGGUUAAGAGUUUCAUUUUGAAACAUAACGGUCUCGUCUUUGCUGUUUAUUAUCUCAAGACUUCUGUAAGACUUAAAUUUCUGUUAACUCUUUUGCAUGAUGUAGUGAACAACUAAGUUUGUUUUGUUACAUAGUAAAUUAAUCAAAAGUUAAGUUGGAAGUUUUA